AUGAGUGGCGACCCUCUAACCCUUGUCGUGUACGCCGGGCAGAUGGCCACGUACGUGUGCGAAGGUGGCGACGUGCAACCAACGUAUCCCAUUCUGCAUUCCAUCACAGAGGAGGUGUUGCGGCUGUUGCGGCAGGAGCAGCGUCAAUCAACAGCGCCGGAUCACUCUACGUCCGCCUCGUCAUCAUCGACGACAUACGCGUCAGGGGAUCGCGCGUCGCUCCUGAAGCAGCAAGCGCAGGAGCUCCGCUGCCGCUUGCUUCCCCUCAUGCAGGGGCGAUUUGUGCUGCUUGUGGUGCCGCUGAGCAGCACCGCUUCUUACCGCGAAGAGUGGACGCAACUCUGUUUCGAUGAGUCUGCUCUUGCUCGGAGGCUGGUCAUGCUGGCUGACACAGUAGCGAGCGCCUUCGCCUGCGGCAUGGACAGCUGUGUCGUAGUCCACGCCUCCUUGUCUACUGUAAGUAUGUGCCGAGUGAAGGCGGGCUGCUCCACGCGGCACAGCAACUCGCAUAUGGGCAGUGUGCAGAUGCUAUGCGGGGCGAAGCUGUCUCUGCAGCUGACAGAGGAAUGGCCGAAGCUGACUUUCUCCGUGACCGCUUCCGACUCGAAUUCAGUGCCAGAGCUCGUACCCUCCAACGAUGCUGAGGUGACGGCUGGUAUAGGAGGUGGCACUGACAUACAUCUGGGAAGCAGCGGGGUGGGUGCAUUGGUGGACUUGGCAAGCCCCAAGUACCGAGACGCGCUAAUUCGCGCCUUUGGAUUCAAGGCAUACAGCGCUGUCGUUGUGCGUUCCCAGAUGGAGGCACAAGAACCCCAGGAGACAAUGACAACGUCCUCGAAAGGAAAGGGCAAAGGCGGCCGCCGCCAGCGUGCGUCAUCGCUCCUCGAUGAACUACGCCAGGUGUACCCGCGCGCAGUUCGUCAAAGGCCCGGCCAACUGGAGAGGCUGCUUGCCCGGGUGGUGCAUGGUGGUUCAACCACACCUGCUUCCGCUAUUCGUCAAGACGGCGGCGAGCCAUGCGUGCUGGCAGGAGAGGCCCUCGCUAUCCCCUACGUAUACGCCUUGUUUGCGUACGUGGUCAAGCGCUGUGGCGACGAUGUCUGGGCUGUCGUGCAGCGCGAGCGGCGGGCGCGGAAGCGAUCUCUGACCACGUCGCAUCUGCAACAUCGACCCUUCCCCAGCCACCUUGAAGGUCAUCGAGGCACCGCAAACAAAGCCGAGUCUGGGGAGACUCACUCAGGCGCAAGCGGCGCCUGUGAUGAAGUUGCCCCAGGCACGCACCGGCAGAACUCCAGCACAAGCAGCAGCACUCGUAGCGGUAAGGGUGACAGUGAAGACGAGGGGGUUGAAAAUGAGAGCUCUUGUUCGAACUCCUCAUCGCAUUCGUCUUCCGUGACUUCGCUGCUCGACAAGAGCGAGAAGGAUACGUGGCUGCGGUUGCAACGGACACCGCUGCCAGAGGCGCCUUGGUGGCUGCCGCUCCUUGGCGGAUCGAUUGUCAGUCGCCUCACCGACCAGGAUGUGCAGCGGGCCCUGAUCACCGCCGAGGAGGCGCGCGAGACAAGGGGCACAGUGGUGCACUGGAAGAUGCUUCUCUGA